AUGCCAGCAAGGGAAUUUAACAUCCUGAAGGAUGACACUCCAGCCAGGGCCAGAAAACAUGGAUAUGGGCUGCUGUGGUCAGGGAAGGAGAGGACAUUUGGUGUGACAUCUGACCUGGAAAGGCUCCGGGGAGCAGCACAGCCCUCUGGGGAGUUGCCCUGGUGGCACAGGUCUCUUCCGUCUGCCUUGCAGGUGAAGCAGAUCAUGGAAGAGGCCAUCACGCGCAAGUUUGUCCACGAAGACAGCAGCCACAUCAUCUCCUUCUGCUCCGUGGUGGAGGCCUGUAUCCUGCAUGGGCUGAGGCGGCGGGCAGCUGGCUUCCUGCACAGCAACAAGAUCCCGGCUCUCUUCAUGAAGGUGGGCAAGAGCUUUCUGCCGGCCGAGGAGCUGAGCCGCAAAGUCCAGGACCUGGAGCAGCUGAUUAGAGCACGUGAGCGAAACCAGAUCCAGGGCCUCCAGGAAAAUGCUCGGAAUCUGCCCAAGCUGCCCAACCUGUCCCCACUCGCCAUCAAGCACCUGUGGAUCCUCACCGCCUUGUUUGAGAAGGUCCUGGACAAGAUUGUGCAUUACCUCAUGGAAAACAGCAGUAAAUACUAUGAGAAGGAAGCUCUCCUGGUGGACCCCGUGGACGGUCCCAUCCUUGCAUCCUUGUUGGUGGGGCCCUGUGCCCUGGAGUACACCAAGAUGAAGACCGCGGAUCACUUCUGGACCGACCUCCGCAUCCAUAGCUCACACCUAUGGCAGGACUCGCCCAGCAAGCGGCCAGCCCUCUGUAUCCAGAAGAGGCAUUCAAGCGGAAGCAUGAACGACCGGCCGUCCCUGUCUGCCCGUGACUAUGUGGAGUCCCUGCACCAGAACUCCACAGCCAUCCUGCUCUACGGCAAGAACAACGUUCUGGUUCAGCCAAGGGAUGACAUGGAGGCUGUACCUGGGUACCUGUCCCUGCACCAGACAGCUGACAUUAUGACCUUGAAGUGGACACCCAACCAACUGAUGAACGGGUCCAUGGGUGACCUGGACUAUGAGAAGAGGAGCACCUCCCAGAUAAUCGACUUGGGGUCCCUGCCUACCUUUGAGGAAUCCUGA